AUGUCUCAGUGGCAGAGCAAGAGAGCCCUACUGAAGGUGAUUGCAGAGGAGCUUGAGCUACCCCCGCAGGUGAUGGCACUCUUUGACCAGCAUGAUGAGGAGGAUGAUUUUGAUGGGGUGGAGCAGAGCGAUAGAGCUGUGAUUCCUUAUGUCAGAGCAGCGAUCAUGAAUGAACUUAUGGCUCGCAGAUUCCUUGUGGUUUUGCACAAUGGGAGUGGCAGCUAUAUCGAUCUGUGGGAGGCCGGUGUCCCUGUAAUGGGGCAAUUGGGCAGGAGGGUGUUGUGGACAUCCCGAGACAGGUUCUGGCAUCAUGCCAAAGAUGGGCAUGGAGACCUUUUUGUGUUGAAUAAUGUGGAGUCAGCUAAAUGGAGCCAUGCAGCUAUAUGUGUUAUUCCAUCACCAUUUCUUGAGGGAGAUGAAGUUGCUAUGUAUCAAGUCAUUAGGCAUGCUCUAUAUGCAGAGGCCGAGGAGGUUGCUAAGUACACAGGUGUCCCUGAACCUGACAUGAGCCCAAAAGUUGUCAUUGAAUGCAUCUUGUAUAGGGCACUGAAACACAAUGUGAGCAUCAACUGGGAGUCCCAUGGCUCUAACUAUUGGGUAUAUGAUGGGACUAUACAGGAAGGCACUGAUGGUGGUAGGUCAGCGUGGGAGAUCAGCGAUGCUUUGCAGAGGAACAUGAGCCUGGACUUUUGUAGUGAGUGUACUGAAGGAAUCUGUGAAGCGCUGAGUGGUGAACAGAAGAGGUGUAUCAAACGCUGGGUUUCAGUUACCAAUCAGAAUUCAACGGAAGUCCAAUUGACAUCUCAGGCAACAUCCUUCUUCUGUACAACAAGUGGACCAUCAAAUGAUCACAACAGAACCCGGCGGGUUCUAGAAGCAGGCAUGUUUGAGCAUUCAGAUAGAACGACCAAUCUGCGUGUGAUUCAUCUCUCCCACUGCACCUUCAGUUUUUUAUCUCCUCCCUUCGCGAGUUGCAGCAACCUAAGAUUCCUCCUGCUUGACCACUGCAAAAACAAUGACGCACAAGACCUUGGUGAAGAAAAGGAAUGGCAUCAUCAUAGAGACUAUAGUCAACAAAACGGCGGAGCAUGGUUCCAGAAUCUAUGGGUGCUAGAACUGAGUUAUACGGACUGGUACUGGCUGCUAUCGAAAGACGUGUUGGAUCUGAUGGUUGACCUCAGGGAGUUGAAUGUGAAAGGAGCUGGUAACCAGAGCAUGAUGCAUCUACAUCGUUGCAGUGGUUCCGGAAGCAACAGACGUAGGCUAAUCAAGCUUCGAGUGGUGGCCGAUAUUCCAAAUGAGGCUGCUCCGGACAAUGAUGAUGAUGAUGAUGGUACUAGUGGUAAAAGAAAUCAGCAAGUAUCUCCACCAGUGGUAGCAUCAUCGUUUUUCCCAGACCUGUCAAGUUGGCACAUCCUUAAGACAGUCAUCCUUGAUGGUUGUAGUGACCCGGAGCUAAUUGACUGCAACGCCCUACCCCUGUCACUAGAGUCAUUUACUUUGAUCAGCAGUGUCACUACCAGUAAUAAGAUAAAGAGGAUCUCCUUCCAGGGGCACACUAGAUUGAAGAGCCUAUUAUUGAGAGGGUUGUUUGGUAGGCUUGUGGAGCUGGACAUGUCUGGGAAGAAGGAAAAUCCAACAAACAAGAGGCUACUGCUAGUGACGGUUCAAGUAUUAGGUAUAGGGUCAUCAUCAGCAAUGGUGUGUGGCAAGGACGACCGAACAUUCAUCGACUCGGAUCCCUAUAUUUCCAUUAGGGAUCCAAUGCUUUUUCGUUCACUUGAAAGCUUGAGACAUGGAAAAUGGUUGCACGUGGAGAUUUCAUCUACUGGACCAGCAGGUCACAAAGGUACUGAUCAAGGAAUUAAUACUAGUGGUGGUUGUGGCACUGCUGCUGUAAAUGUGCACAAGCCAGGUGGAAGCUUGUACGCUGAUGACAUCAUCAUCAUUUCCACAUCUAAUGGCAGCAACUCGCAAGCUGAUGAUGAUGCCAAUAGAGAUGUCUUUAAGGCCGCCUUAGUGAUGAGGAGGAGCAAGUGGUUAUGGGGUUGCCCGCCUAUUCCUGAGGAUUCUGAUUGGGCUCACUGCUACAUUAGCAUACAAGAUGAGCCACAGACCGAACAGUUAAUAAAUAGAGCCACAACUCUACCAGCACUUGUGAGCAGGGAUGCUAAGACCUUGCACUUGCAUGAUAGCCUGUUCAUCAAAUGUCUCCCAGGGCCUGAACCUACUGCUGCUGAAGCAAAUUUGAAUUGGGAUGUACUAAAAUGGUGCCGAUUCGAGAGAUGCCCCAACUUGGAAGGCGUUGUUUUCACUACAAGCCAGACAGGACGCAAUAUUUUCUGGUAUCUGGAGACAUUCUGGGCAUCCCAACUCCCAAAGGCACGCUACAUCUGGGACUGGAGCACAACAUCCCGGUUUCGUCCUGGACAAAGUUCCUUUGAGCAUCUUUCAUUCUUACACCUAGAUUACUGUCCCAGGCUGGUACAUGUACUCCCUCUGUACACAGAAAAUACCAACGGAUGCCGUAGCUUGGAAACCCUGAGAUCGUGUGUUGCGGGUGAUAGAUCACAGUACUUCUAA